AUGAAACGUAGGAAGCUUAACAACAAGGAGAGAAACCAUGUUUUUACAAGCUUCGACGAUUUGAGUAAUGAUUUGAAGAUUGAAAUUCUUUGUAAGUUUCCUGCAAAGCUUCUUGCAAAACUCACGUGUGUUUGUAAGUCAUGGCAGUUUUUGAUUAUCAACUUUUGCUUUCCAAAGAUGGCAUCAAAGCUUGCAUAUACUGGACACGUUUCAUGUGUUAAAAGAUGCAUUAAUUUUAAGGAUGUUCUUAUGGAUGAAAAGUUAAUUGCUUGGUGGAAAACAAUUGAACGGACACUCAACAAACGAGAUUUGCUUGAUUCAUGCAAUGGUUUGGUUCUAGGUUUUUACACAACCGCGCUGUAUCCUCAAUCACAAAGUUCAAGUCCAAGGUUAUGUCGUUAUUAUGUCCUCAACAUCUUAACCCAGCAAUUUGAUACUAUCACUAAGCAGCCUCAUCCAAGAACAAGUCGUUAUAAAUAUGCAGCAUUGGCUUAUGACCCUUCUAAAUCUUGUCACUAUAAAAUUGUUUAUUUUCAGGGUUUUAGUGCACUCAAUAUUUACAAUUCAAAGACUGGGGUUUGGAUUAGCUUGAAAUAUCAACAUCAACUCGAACAUCAUGUUCGUAAGGCUAACUGGGAAAAACGAUCUGUUUAUUUUGAUGGUGCAUUAUAUAGGUUAUCUAUGUCGGGUCAUCUGAUUAAGUUUAUUGUUGAUCAAGAAAUCACUGCAAGUGCAAGAGUUAAGGUCGAGUCUAUUGACCUACCUGAACUUGCCAAAAAGUCUCCGCUUGCAUGUAUUGGAGUAAACCAGGGUGUGAUGCAUUUUUCCCAUUCGGACAAAUCAAAUCUGCGUAUUUGGAUGCUUCAACACAAUUGUAUUAGGACUGACAAUAAUUAUGUAUGGUUGUUGAAAUACACAAUCCCCUCCCAAGCAAUUCUCUCCCAGAUGAUCCCCUCAACAUAUUUCAAACCAAUGGCUUUUCAUCCGUAUGAUGAUACUAUUAUUCUGAGUCUUAGGGUUGAUAAUUGGUUUUGCCGAAUCGAAGAGUACUAUUUUGGUGACAUACAGGAGAACAAAUUGAGAUUGUCUGAUCCUCAUACACAUUAUGGAUCAGCUUGUAAAGUUGUCUUUCCUUAUCUACAAUGUGAAGUUCCUUUCCCUAUUGGAACUGUAAGUUUCCAUUCAUCUUUUAUAUUUUCAUAA